AUGAGAAAAUUUACUUUCAACGUGUUUCAAGUACGUCCUUCUGUUGCACUAGUGGUAAUCCUUACGAUGUGCCUGUGUUCGGUGAUGGUCAGUGUGUACUACGUACACAACGUGGCCCUGUCCUCACCAUUGGAUAUCAUGAGGGCCAACAGGGGCCCUCGGUUCAGCGGCAGACUUAUUGCACCUGAUGAGGUUCCAGUGCCAAGACCUCAAAAUGAGGAGUACAGCUUGUCACAGGCAUUAUCAGAAUUUGGCCAAGACUCGGCUGCUGAUGAGGUCCGGCCUAUUCUUAACGAGAUCGAUAUUGCCCUGCACAUUGAGAAAAAGAAGGCCAGAGAGAAGAAACUGGAGCCACUGCCUCCCAAGAAAAUGCGAAAAGAGGACCAGUGGCCCACCCAUGAGAAAGUGCAGAAGCGGAGGAAGUUGUUUGUACCCUUGGAGAUGCAGAUUUACAACAACCCCCAGCGGACCAGGGAUGAUUGGAACGGAGAAAGAUACAUUGUGUAUUUAUGUCACAGUAAGCUGACCUGCGCUGGCUGGGGGGACAGGCAGCAUGGAAUAUUCUCAGCCUACCUUCUGUCUUUAGUCACCAACAGAACCUUUAAAGUGGAGAUGCAGAGCCCGUGCCCGCUGACCAAGCUUUACCAUCCGCGGCUGGUCAACUGGAAGGUCAACCAGUCUGAGCUGGAUGGCCUUUCUAGCACACAUCUGUAUGCACUCAAUGACCGCAAAUUUCGGGAGUCCAUGAGGAUAAUUGACUUUGAUGAGGAGUAUCCCCAGGAUGUGGUCUACCUGACUACAAAUUACGACUAUUUUUACAAUCUCAAGGCCAAUCCAAGGUACAAGGACAUAUUCCGACAGAAGGUCAAGGGUAGGCCUCGACCCAUUCUCUUUGCAGAUUUAUGGCAGAGUAUUUUUAAAAUGAACAAACGUGUCGUGAGAAAGUAUUCGCCAGCUCUUAAAAAAGCCCACCCUUCGAAAAAUCACAAACUGGCAUGUGCUCACAUUAGAUUCGGUAGAAACCCAACAAUACCUACGGACUCUGAUGUCCGUAAUACAUUAACAACCAUAAAACCGCUGUGGAAGUUUCUAGAUAAGUAUUCAGACCCGCAGAAAUAUCGCAUAUUUGUAGCAAGUGACUGGCAAGGCUUUAGGGAGAAGGUGAACAGUUUAUACAAGAAUAUCAGUAUCAAUAUAGAAGGAGAUGUUAUCCACAUAGAUAAAGUGAAGGAUCACACAAAGAAGGAGAAUGCAACAAAUAUAACGCCAGUGGAUCCAUGUUCAGGCUUUGAAAAAGUCAUUGCGGAUCAGUAUGUCUUAAGCAAGUGUGAUAUCCUGCUACUGACCUACAGUGUGUUUGGCAAGGCCGCUGCAUAUCUGCGGCGGUCAAACAAUGACCUGUACUUAAUGGAAAACGGCACAAUUAAAACCUUAAUGCUGUUUGACGAGAAGCGCCACUGA